GCAGGUUAGAUUAUUUGUAACGAAGGCUGUGAUUGGUCGAAUGAAAAGGUCAAGCGCGUUGACGUUAAACCUGAUUUACUUAAAUACUUGUGAUGGUCGUUUCUUUACCAACAUACAUCAGAUGAACAUGCAGAAAGUGAACUUGUUAUUAGCCUUUGCCCUCUUUUGCGCGGCAGUCGUGGAGGGGCAAAUACGUAGGAGACCAGGCAGCGCCAUGCAUAAAAAGUGUUCUUUGAACUUUAGAAACGAUGUGCAUUCCAUGUUUUAUUGGCCAGGAUACGAAAAUAUCUGUACUAAGUCCUUGUGUCAAACUUAUCCAUGGCUAAAAUGCGGUGUUGCAAAGGACUAUAUUAUGGAUCAAGCAAUGGGUCAUAUGCCUGAAGACAUAUUAAUGGAAAUAGAAUACCUUAAAAAGUACUUCAACACCAUGAUCCCCCAACCAAGAAAUACACUUCCCUACUCGUGUAAAGGCGCGUGUCAGGAGAACGCUAGAUCUCUACAAUUAGAGCGUGUCUUUGUUAACAUACCCACGAUGAAUCCAAACACCUACUCUAUGGAGCCACAACGGCUGAUGUGUAUCGUUAUUGGACCUGAUAUCUAUUAUCAACAGUGCGAAGGCAAGUGUAAACUGCCCUAUGGUGGUAGUGGAGACAGCUAUUGUGUACCGGACGUGGUGGUCACUAUUGACAUCUGGGUCUUCUGCCCCGACGCGAAACCCAAGAAGUGCCACAAGAUUAAAUUCGAUUUGCCUUUAUCAUGUUCAUGCAAGAAAUUCCGAUGCAAGAAAGACCUACCACAAAUACAACCGCUACCAAUUACUCCAGUUCUUCCUAUGAAGCCAAUUGACUGGGAUCCAAUAAAUCCUGGAUUUCCGAUGGAUCCAAAAUUCCUCUCAGAAAUGGAAAUUGGUGGACCACAUGGGGGACCACACGGUGGACCGAUUGGUGGACCACACGGUGGACCGAUUGGUGGACUACACGGUGGGCCACACGGUGGACCACACGGUGGACCAGUACCAUUAGGUCCUGUUCGAAUUGGAGCAGGCCAACUUUCAGGUUUAGACCCCCAUGGUCAUGGCGGCAAGUAAAUUUGUUUACAGCCGAAACAACAUAUCAUUUCUGUUUAAAACAAUUAAGACAAAUUUUAUAUUUUCACCGUCAACUCGCCUUUGUUUCAGUGCAAUUUUCUUGCAUAUCUAUAAAUACAGACAUAUGUUUACAGAAAUUUUAAAUAGAAGCAAGUUAAAAUGUAAAUGUUUUUUUUAAAGAAAUACAGAAAGAAAUUUACCAAACAAUAUUGUAAACAGAUAUUUGUAAUUUUUACUCAUUUCGUCAGUCAUACUCGUUUCUUCUAAAACAAUUGUAAAUAUUUAUAGACGACAAGUAACAGGACUACUUGCUUUGAAAUCCGAAAUUUUAAAGCUGUUUAUGAUUACAAAUAGUAUCUGAGUUGAAAUGAAGUUUGCUUUAUUAGUACCAAUAAUUUUACAGCUGUUUCUAGCAAAGCCAAGAAUUAGAAGAGAUAUAUUAUAAAUCGGCAUUUAAAUUUUUUUCUAAUAUUUAAAUUUAUACAAGGAAAAUAUACAUCAACAACGCUAAACUAACGAAAUUUUACAUCACGCAUUUACAGGAAUUUAUAUUGUUUGUCAGGAAAUUUAAGCAACUAAAAUUGUUUGUACUAACAAGAAUACGAUAUUAACUUAACUUAAAUACACAUUUUGCAUUUUUUUGCAGCAACUUCGAGGCUUAAAGUCUAAAUUAUUUUUUGGUUAUGUGUGUGUGAGUGUGAUUUUUUAAACGUAUUUUUGAUGGAAUGUGUUGUGUUGUGUUGUACGUUGUAGUUGUGUUAGUAUAGAAGUGUUGAGUUGUGUCGUUGAUUCUUGUUGAUCUUGUUCUUGUAUAUUGAUAUAUACAUGUAUUGAAAUGUCGUUUGUAUGUCAUGUGUAAAUAGUUGUAAAUAAUGAAAAUAUAUUGUGCCAAUUUGCUCCCGAUAUCACAACAUUGUCUGUUACUGUUAUUUAAUACAUGUACAAAUUUGUGUAUAUAAUUUUAAGUGCAAUAUUUUGACAGAAAUAAAAUGAUGAUUUUCUUAAACAA